CACUUCAGCCUCAACAACUCAUCAUCAACACAAUUCAAGAAGUUCAUCAGCAUCCUCAAGAUCUUCUGGUUCAACUUCAUUACCAACUUCAACUUUAAAUCAAAACCUACCUCAUCUCUAUGCUCCUCUCUUUAUCAAUUCAGAUCCAUCUCAAUCAAAUUCAAUCAUGGCUUUCAUCAGAAGACAUAUCAUCCCAUUCACUUUUCGUAAAACAUUCUUACUUUUAACAAUACCGAUGAUGAUAAUCUUUUUUAUUUAUUAUCCAAAUCGAUCUUCAAAUCAAAACAUUAAUCAAGAAUUUCAAACUUCAGAUUCAUUACUUUCCACUUCAAAACAUCCAGUUUGUAUCGCACCACCAGGUAAAUCUAAUGAACAAUUCGCUCUAAUGAUCGAUGCAGGUUCAACAGGUUCAAGAAUUCAUGUUUAUCGUUUCUCAAGAUGUUUACCAACUUCAGAUCAAUCUAAUUCAUUACCUAGAUUGAUAGAUGAAAAGUUUAUCAAAACUCAACCUGGACUUUCUUCAUUUGCUAGAUCACCUAAACAAGCCGCUCGAUCUUUAAAAGUCUUGUUAGAUGAAGCCAUCAAAAGCGUACCAGAAAAAGAUAGAGCUUGUACACCUCUUUCGGUUCGUGCUACUGCUGGUUUAAGAUUAUUAGGUGAAGCUCAAAGUUCUGCUAUUAUAAAUGAAGUGGAAAGGUAUUUGAGAGAUGAGUGGCCAUUUAGUGUGGCUAAAGAUGCGGUUAGUAUUAUGGAUGGUUCUGCUGAAGGUGUUUAUGCUUGGGUGACUAUCAAUUAUCUAUUGAAACGAAUUGGACCUCAAACGACAGUUCAGAAAAACCUUGACACUAGCACUGCAGCUGUCCUAGAUCUAGGAGGAGCAUCUACUCAAAUCGUUUUUGAACCACUUCAAGUAGACAAACAAGCUAUCUUAGAACCAGGAGAUCAUGUUUAUGAUUUAAAAUUCGGUGGAAGAAAUCAUGCACUUUAUCAACAUUCUCAUUUAGGUUAUGGAUUAAUGGAAGCACGUAGAUCGAUUCAUAACUUAGUUGCAUUUAAUCAACGUUGGAGAUCACAACAUUCAAAACAUUCGAGUGAUCAAGUUUUAGAAAUCUUCAGUCCUUGUUUAGUGAAAGAUGGUAGAAAAAAAGUGGAAUUAGAACCCGAUCAAUUAAUCGAAAUCGUAGGUACUGGAGCAGGAUUUAAUGCCUGUAGAAGGUUAGUGGAAAUAGUCAUGGAUAAGGAUGAAACUUGUAAGUUGAAACCUUGUGCUUUUGGAGGAGUUUAUCAACCUCGAUUAGAAGAUAGUUUUAAAACCGGACCUAUUUAUGCAUUAUCAUAUUUUUAUGAUAGAAUUGAACCUUUAGGUUUGAAAUCUCCAUUUAAGUUACAUCAAUUAAAACAAUUAGCAGAAAGUGUUUGUAAAGGUAAACAAUCCAAUGGAAAAUGGAUUGUAUUAAAUGAAUUCAAACCCGCUAAUGAAGAAGAAGCCAUCAAAGAACUUGAAGAUCGACCUGAAUAUUGUUUAGAUUUGAGUUUUAUGUAUUCUCUUUUAAGUUUUGGAUAUGAAGUUAAAGAUGAUCGUGAGAUUGUGAUUAGUAAAAAGAUUGAUGGUGUAGAAUUGGGAUGGGCACUUGGUGCAGCGAUCGCCAUGAUAGAUGGAAAGGUUGAAUGCCGGGCUUGAUGUGUUGUCAUAGAUGAUGGCUAGGUAAUCAGUGCAGCAUCACUUAUCAAUCUUGUUCAUGAUUCUUUUUCUACUCAUCAUUAGAUGUUAUAUAUUUAGAGUCUUUUUCCAUCAUAGAAUUGGAAUGUUACUUAUUAUAAUUAGUAUAAGAAUUGAAUGGAAAUGUUCUAAUAGAAAUGAUGAAAAGCGUUGGUCAUGAGCUUGAUAUAGAUUAUAUUAUGUAUAAAUAGAACUUCAAUGAAGCAAUUUCAUUUC